AUGACUGCUAGUCUUAUCAAAACAUUCAUUAUGGCAGAGGUUAAAGAAGCUAUUUUUAAUAUGAAUCCAUUAGGAUCUCCUAGUCUUGAUGGGUUCCUUGUAGCUUUCUAUCAAAACUAUUGGGAAACAGUAGGACCUAGAGUGAGUGCUGCUGUUUUAGAGGUCCAAAAUGACACUUAUAUUGCUCUUGUCUGGAAGUCCAAAUCUCCUUUAAAGGUUACUGAGUUUAGACCUAUUGGUCUUUGUAAUGUCUUUUACAAAAUCAUUGCAAAAAUAUUAGCUAACAGGCUAAAGGUUAUUCUCCCUGACAUCAUUUCAUCUAUCCAAAGUGCCGUUGUGCCAGGUAGGCUCAUUACUGAUAAUGUAAUAGUAGCUUUUGAAUCCAUGCAUAUCAUGAAGACUAGAAUGAAGGGAAAGGAAGGGUUCAUGGCUCUUAAGCUUCAAAUGAGCAAAGCUUAUGACAAGGAGAAGUUCACUCCAUCUAGGGGGAUUAGGAAGGGUGAUCCUCAUUCAUCCUACCUUUUCAUCCUAUGCUUUGAAGUUCUCAGCAAUCUUCUUAACAUUGCAGAAGCUUCUGGUUUGAUCACUGGAACAAUCACUAGCUCAUUCGGCCUUCAACUUCUCAAGGAUGCAUGCUUAGGACGUAAGGUCAGCCUUGUGAUCAUACACGCACACAAAUUCAAUAGUAAGUACUAUUAUUCAGCUUACCCAAAAGGCAAGGAGGAAAUCAUGAGCACUAGUUACGCCUCAGCAGAUCAAACAACGUACAUAUUCUUCUAUGGAGGCACGAACAUGAAAUGGGUCACAGGACUUGCUAGCAAAGUAGAAAUAGUGGCGGAAGCAUCGAACCGGAUCACGGGUAUAAGAUUUGGUGUAAGUCACCGUGGUAAUCCACAGACCGUCGAAGCCAGUUUACUGCAAAAUGUCCGGAACAGUAAUCCGGCCGAUCGUGACGAGGUUGUCGAGGAACUGAAACAUUUCAUCCAGCAAGAGCAUAGUGAGGGAUGGCUUGUGCUGACGGAGAAUGGUUCCGUGUUUGAGAAAGGAUACGGGAGAAGUGUACUAGAAACCAUGGACGCUUUCGAGACGGAAUGGAAGAAGGACGUAGAAAGAUCAAGAAAUUUCGGAAGGAGUUUCAAGGAUGCAUUAGGAUCAAGGCCACGAGUCUAAUUAUGGUGUGAAAGUAUACAUCAUGAUGAUGGUGUGUACGUAAUAGUACUACUGCAAUAAAUUAAUGAAGGGCAUAUAUCCUGAUUAUGUCCGUAUUUACGUACGUGCAUGCAGUGAUGUUUGUUGUUCAUGAUCG